AUGGUCACCUUCCAAGGUUCUGAGUCGGACGGCUCUGACGAUACUUCUGAUACUGCCACCAAGACUUCCACUGAUAGCAAGUCUACCGCCACUGCCACUGCCACUAUCGCUGUCAUCCCUUCUUCUACCUCGGCUGCCGCUGCCGCUGCAACCAGCACAGCCGCCGAUGACACCAAUACUAGCAGCACUGAUGCGGACACUAACGAUGAUGACGAAGACGACGACGAAGACGAUGAAGAUGACGAAGGCAAAGACGACGAGGAAGAGGCUAGCACCGAUGCCACCAAGGAGAAAAAACACCGACACGGGCACGGACACGGUCACCACAAGCUCCGAGCUAGAGCCGUUCUCUCCUCUACGUUGAAGACAUCAGCCUGCAACGCAGCCAACGCCGGCAAGUUCUCGACUGUCAUCAAGAACAUGAACCUCGAUGCCUGGGUUGAAUAUUGCUAG